AGUUUGUCUCUGUCGCCUACCGUAGUGACGUCUUGUCAAAACAAGAAACAGGCUGCUAGUGAUUACAGCCGGAUAGUUGGUUCAAACUUGGCUUAAUAGCUGACUUUUAACAUAAUGUCUCAGGAUGCCUGGUUACAAAAUUAUGAUGCCACUUGCCGCUUGGCACAGGAAAUAGCUGAAAACAUCCAUGAACGGAACAGACAACAGAGAACGGGGGGGAACCCUGCAAAGAUAAACAUGACGCUACGGGCUUCACUUCAGAAGCUGAAACAAAAUAUCGCUCAGCUCAAGGAGGGCUUGUUGCGGGCAUCCUCAUCUCGCCGCAUAAUGCAGUCCGAAGCUGACAGAAGGCAGAACCUCAUUGAUGACCUGCUAACCAGAGAGAAGCAGCUAAAUGCAACUUUCAAGGGCGAUAUUACAGAGUCUGAACCCUCCAGGUCCACAUUGAUGGCUGGAGGAGCAGGAGCCAGUGGAGGCACUUCAGCCAACCCUUGGCUGAUCAACGAAUCGGAGGAGACCAAGGGGCUGACCUUCGGAGAGAUUAAACAGCAGCAACAACGAGUCAUUGAGGCUCAGGAUGCAGGCUUGGAUGCACUAGCAGCUGUCAUCAGCCGACAGAAGAUAAUGGGCCAGGAGAUUGGAAAUGAACUGGAUGAACAGAAUGAAAUUGUUGACGACCUUGCACAUCUUGUGGACACGACAGAUAACAGGAUUCGUAAUGAAACACGAAGGGUGAAGCUGGUGGAGACGAAGUCAGCCUCUUGCGGGAUGCUGGUAGUGAUCGUACUACUUCUUAUAGCCAUUAUAGUGAUUGCUGCGUGGCCUGUGUGAUGAAGACAGCAGUGAUCAUGGACCCAUGUCGGACAGCAACAAUGAAAGUCUGGAGCAGAAUUUAAUCAGCACUGACAUCAAACAGACAGACCCUCAUUUAAGCAGAUUUAUCAUACUUGUUCUUCACAUUUAGACACAGGUCAUUUUGGGCUAUCUAAUCAAGGAGAAGUGGGAAAAAAAAGACUUUAACGCCACAGACAAAUGUUUUUAUUCAGUAUGUCACUCUUGGGUUUCAGGGUAUAUGUAACCUUCAAAAGACAUUUACUUUCUUUUUUUGUGGGUGUAAAUUGUUUAAUAGAUAUUCAAUUGUCUUACUAAUAAAUUAGUAAAUCAUCAAACUCUUAAAUUAUUUGGAGACUUGUAAGGAUUUUGAAAAAGAUUUCUUUUACUGCCUGAACUGUGGGGAAUGUUGACCUAACAGUAGGACCUCCCGCAGGCAACGGGGACUUUUCUUUCAUAAGCCUGUCUGUGGUUGGGCUGAGGUUUGCACUGGAUACAGUAAUUCUGCAAGCUUUGCAAUAUUCACACUCACUUAUAUUUACCCAUUUAUUACUGUAGCAGCUGUAAUGUUAUCAUUUUGUUUGGAUUUUGUAAUGUUUAUAGAAUAGCUCAUAGCCAAAACAAACAGCUCAGCUGUGUUACUAACAUGGCUCUUUUCCUUCCCUGUAAAUCAAUUCAGCUUGUAAUUUCUAAUAAAUGACAUUUCCAUUUUAUAGUG